CGUUGCCGUUGCUGGCAGCCGAAGUUGAACUUUCGCGUAUAUCGCAUGUCGUCGACGAUUGCGCGCGAGUUUUGUCCCUUGUCUCGUUACAGUCGGUGGUCGAACUUGAUUCUGGUGUCAGCAACGCGCGUGUCUCUCGUUUUCCUUGUGUUUUGUCCUGGGUCGCUUGUAUAUAUAUAUAUAUAAAAGGACAUAGUCAUCGAAGAGCAAAGUUUUUUUUUGGAUUGUUUCGGAACGUCGUUUGGAGUGCAGUUCGAGUAAUUAUAUAAAAAAAAAAAAAAAAAAAAUAACAAAAUGUCGUACGCUAUCAUACUCUUAACGAUCUCGUGUCUCUGUACCGGCUUUGCAGUAGGGAUGGAAUGUACUUAUAAAGAGUCAAAAAAUGUUUUCGAGAAAAUGAUAACAAGCUGCCCCGUAUUAUGGGGUGAUUCUAGUAAAUCAUAUUGUUGUUAUGAUUUAACAAAUGAAAAUUUUUACUGUUGUACUAAAGAAGAAUUUGCUAUGACAAUGGGACUCGGAAUCAUCGUACCUGUGGUUAUCGCUGCUGGUAUUAUUAUAUCAUUAAUAGUUUGCUGCAUUUCUUGUUUAUGCUGCAGCUGCUGCCCAUGGUAUCGUCGACGCCAUCGCGGCACCGUUUAUGGCAAAGUACAAACACCAAGUGUUGUUCAAGUGAUACAAACUUCAACAAAUCCUCCGUCUAAUUAUGCCAAUCAAACAGAGCAAAAUCAUUAUACACCAUAUCCAACUAAUGUUGGAGGAACGCCACAACCACUACCAGCAUAUACGAUCGAACCUUAUGCCCGGCAGGCACCAUAUAAUCCCGGAUAUGUACAAUAAUACCAAAAACACCAGUUUAAUCUAUAUGUGAAUACGUUUAGUAUAACUUCGAUCAAUUUGUUACCUUCAAUGUCAAUAAUACAAAAUACGGUUAAAAAGAA